AAGAACCUCGUGCAAGGAGAUGUUUUGAAUUGUGCCUCUGUUUCCAAGGAUUAAAGGAUGAAUAGGCACUGCUGCGAUGAAGAGAGAAGGCGAUUCAAGCUCACAGAAUAAGGCCUCCUUCCAAAAGGGAUCCUGAAGUCCUGGCCAGUGAAAUCACUCAGAGAGGCAUCUUCCCUGCUGGGGACAACUUGGCCCCUCCCUGGUGGAAGCUGCUGCCUCUGCAAACCUGCUUGUGCAAUGGGUAAUGAGGAGCUGUGGGUCCCAUCAGCCUUGGAGAUGCCGAAACGACGAGACAUCUUGGCGAUUGUGCUGAUUGUGCUUCCCUGGACGCUGCUUAUCACCGUUUGGCAUCAGAGCGCCAUUGCUCCCCUGCUUGCAGUGCAUAAGGAGGAUGGUGGGGACACCCGUCGUGACUUCUCCCAAGGCUCGGACUCUAAGGAGUAUUGCUUAUCUGACCGUGAUAUUGUGGAGGUGGUUAGGACAGAAUACGUCUACACCCGCCCACCUCCUUGGUCGGACGCCUUGCCCACUAUCCAUGUGGUCACUCCUACCUACAGCCGCCCAGUCCAAAAGGCAGAGCUGACACGGUUGUCCAAUACUUUUUUGCAUGUCCCAAACUUGCACUGGAUCUUGGUGGAGGACUCUCAACGUCGAACUGCUCUUGUCACCCGGCUUUUGCGAGACACAGGGCUGAACUAUACCCAUCUCAAUGUGGAGACCCCACGCAACUACAAGCUGAGAGGGGACAUGCGGGACCCCCGGAUUCCUCGGGGAACCAUGCAAAGGAACCUGGCCCUAAGGUGGCUGAGGGAGACGUUUAAUAGAAACAACAGCCAACCAGGGAUUGUAUACUUUGCAGAUGAUGAUAACACCUACAGUCUGGAACUUUUUGAGGAGAUGCGGACCACCCGGAGAGUGUCCGUCUGGCCAGUGGCUUUCGUGGGAGGCUUGCGGUACGAGUCCCCCAAGGUCAAUGCUGCUGGGAAGGUGUAUGGAUGGAAAACAGUCUUUGACCCCCACCGGCCGUUUGCUAUCGACAUGGCAGGCUUUGCUGUCAACCUCAGGCUAAUCCUCCAGCGACCUCAGGCUUACUUCAAACUGCGAGGGGUGAAGGGGGGCUACCAAGAGAGCAGCCUGCUCCGGGAGCUGGUUACCCUGAAUGACCUCGAGCCGAAAGCUGCCAACUGCACUAAGAUUCUUGUCUGGCACACAAGGACGGAGAAACCUGUGCUGGUGAAUGAGGGAAAGAAAGGCUUCACAGAUCCCAAUGUGGAAAUCUGACAUUAUGCUGCAAAGCCAGGAAUGAUGUUAGCAGCCCGUUUCCACUCAUGGAGCCAAGCACCCCGAUUCCAGACCCAAACCGGGCCCUUGAAAAACAGGAGGAGAACCACCAUGCCGAGUUGCCCCACAAACCAGAGAGCAGCUUGGGUCCUUGAAUGGAGGAAAAGGGAGAUAAAUAAAUUAAUAAACGAGUAUUAAAAAACAAAAAACAAAGCAGCUCACGUAUGCCUGACCUUU